AUGGAUUUCUCUGGCUCCUCUUCUUCUUCCUCUCGAAGUCGAGCUAACAAAAAAACCGACAUCUACUCCACCUUCGAUGAAAACGCUGACGAAGAGGAAGAGGAAGAAGAGGACUCCUCUUCUCUCCCUCCUCUCCUCCAGCGCCUCCCCAAGGACUUCGGCGCCGCCAUCGACGACGACGACGAAGAAGAAGAAGACGACGACGACGACGGAGGCGGAGAUUACUCCGGUACCUUCAUCGUCAAGAAGGACAGCAGGCCGUCGCCCGCUCCUGCAUCUCGCCGAACCCUAAGAUCGCGGAGCCCUCGGGGUAGAUCAGAUCUCGAUGACGUGUACUCGACGUUUGUGGUCAAAUCGACGCUGAGAUCUAGGGCGGAGGAGGAGGAGGAGGAGGAGGAGGAGGAGGAUUCAUCGGUGUCGGGGACCUUUGUGAGGAGGAGCGUUGGGGGUUUUGGAUCGCCGUUCAUGAGCGAGGCGGUGGAGAGCAUGAGAGCUUCGGAGCAGCAGCAGCAGCAGAGGCAGGCGUCGGUGAGCUCGGUGCCGGAGAGCCUCACCAGAGAGGAUCCUUCUACCAAAUAUGAGCUUCUUCAUGAGCUCGGGAAAGGUUCAUAUGGUGCUGUUUACAAAGCUAGGGAUUUGAAGACUUCAGAGCUUGUCGCCAUAAAAGUGAUUUCGUUAUCCGAGGGGGAGGAGGGAUAUGAUGAAAUCCGAGGUGAAAUUGAGAUGUUGCAGCAAUGUAGUCAUCCGAAUGUGGUGCGCUACUAUGCAAGCUACCAAGGAGAGGAGUAUCUUUGGAUAGUGAUGGAAUAUUGUGGUGGGGGUAGCGUUGCUGACUUGAUGAAUGUUACAGAGGAGCCAUUAGGAGAAUCCCAGAUUGCAUAUAUUUGUAGGGAAGCUUUGAAGGGUCUUUCUUAUUUGCAUUCAAUAUUUAAAGUCCAUAGAGACAUUAAGGGCGGCAAUAUAUUGCUCACUGAGCAAGGAGAAGUGAAGUUGGGUGAUUUUGGUGUUGCUGCCCAGCUCACAAGGACCAUGUCAAAGCGCAAUACGUUUAUUGGCACACCGCAUUGGAUGGCACCAGAAGUUAUACAAGAAAGCCGCUAUGAUGGGAAGGUUGAUGUGUGGGCUCUAGGUGUUUCUGCUAUUGAAAUGGCAGAGGGGUUUCCUCCAAGAUCCACUGUGCAUCCAAUGAGAGUGCUAUUUAUGAUAUCAAGUGAGCCCGCUCCAAUGCUUGAGGACAAGGAAAAAUGGUCUCUUCUUUUCCAUGAUUUUGUUGCCAAAUGCUUGACUAAAGAUCCACGCACACGUCCUUCUGCACCAGAGAUGUUAAAGCACAAAUUUCUUGAGAAAAGCAACUUGGGUGCUUCAAAGAUGCUACCAAAGAUAGAAAAGGCAAAGAAGAUUAGAGCAGCAAUGGAUGCACAAGUACAAAGUCAACUUGCAGAGACCGAGUUAUCUCCUGUCAGUCAAACAGCUCAAGGAAGGAUUGAUUUUACUAGUGAAAAUUAUGGAGGUACUGUUCCUUCAAAACCUCAAAGGGUUCCAACUUAUGGAGCACAAGAUGAAGUUCAAGAAGGUGGUCCUGUAGGUGACUUUGGGACUGUUAUUGUUCACUCUGAAGCUGGAACAAGUGGGAGGAGCGCUAGCGCAUCAACCUCUGAUGCAAAUGAAAUGUCAACAGGCCCUGGUAAUAUCAGGGAUUCUGUAGAUGGAAGCACAAAUAGCUGGGUUGAGAGUGCAACUGGUACCGUUGUCAAUAAACUAGACUCAUUACAGAGACCAGGCGCUCAAACAACGAAGCAGUUGAUGCCUUCUUCAAAUGAAUUUCCUCAACAAAAGCCAAGUGUAGAUGGUGGCUCUCAGCUAGAGGGUCAGACCAAGAAGGCUACUGUUGGUGGAUGGGCUAGAACUCUGAAGAGCCUAACCGUUGGCCGCAAAGCCUUAACAGUGCAAGAUAAGCUUUGGUCCAUCUAUGCUGCUGGUAAUACUGUUCCCAUACCGUUCCUUAAGGCAAUUGACAUUUCCCCGCUAGCUCUGGUCUCAGACAAUAUAGUUGGGGAUAGUACAUUAGGAACCAGUAACAAUGCUGCGUUGGAAGCAGUUAAAGAGCUUUUCAGUGGUGAUGGACAAACAAAGAAGGGACGUAGGGCACAAAAUGAGAUGCCAUUGCCUCCUGGGGUAUAUGAAAGAUUGACUUCAAGUCCGACACUGAUGAAUUUAGCACAGGCUUUAGCUUACCACAAAGCGUGUUAUGAGGACAUGCCUCUUCAAGAGCCUCAAGCAAUGCAAGAGCAGCAAAGCAUUCAAAACCUCUGUGAUACCCUUCGAACUAUUUUGCGUUUAUAAGCACAUGCUUUAGAAGCAAUAUCCGAAGGUAGAUGAGGCACAGAUCAGACUUUAUCGUCAAUCUGAUACAUCUAGAGUUAGCCACUGCUUUCUGUUGUUUCUACAGUAAAUGCAAAAGCUUUAUGUGCCGUCGUUCAUCUCGAGACUAGCUGAGGUCUACUCUCAUUUUACCUGUAAAUUUGUAGUUGAAAGCACAGUGCCUUCAUAUUUGGUAAUUAAAUUGCUUUACUAAUCUGGUAUUAUGUAUUUAAUUUGGUGUAAUAGUAGUGUCCACCAUUUGGAUGACGAGCGUCUACUUUUAAUU